GAGAGACAGAGAGAAUGAGAGGAGGAGGAAGAGGAGGAGGAGGAGGAGGCAAAAAAAAAGGCAAAACAUAGUAGGAGAGAGUGUGUUGGAGGGCAGCAUACUGUAGCAUACUGCUGUGUUGUGAUUAUGGAGAGAGCAUGGAGCAGCAGGACCCAAACAAGAGGAGGAGUGGAUACAGUGAGGACACAGCUUGGCUCCAUGCCUGAUCAAUAAAAGACAGAUUAGUUCAGAAUCUGAGUAGUAGGGGAGAGGGCUCAUUAAGCAGCAUUGCUUUGCAGAGCGGACUGCCUGCGGACUCCUUUGAGUCUGAAUUCUGCCACCAAGGGAUUGAAAAUAUAAAGACAAAGUCACUCCAAACCUUGAGGACCUGGAAGGACGUGAAAGCGGAGAACUAGCCCUUGACAUUUGGAGUCAAGAAAACUAAACAUCUCGCAGCGGGAGCACACAAACACUCAGACGGAUGUAAUGGUGUGGAAAGGCUGGCGCUCUCUUGAACUGUCAAACUUUUGAGUCGCCACUCAGACAAGGGAUGGGGAGACGAGCGGCUGACCUGACGACUCCGGUUCCGGUGUUGGGUGUCCCAGCCCUGGUUGGGGUGCGCAGCUGGAAGACAACGGGAGGAGACAGAACCGUAGGAGCCCUGCUGCACCCGUGGGGGCUUCAGUGCAGUGUUGGUGUUCAGACGUCCCCUGGGAUAAGCAGACCACCUAGCCAGCUAACUGAGACGCUCUCAAAUAACAUUACUCAAACGACCGACUGCUAUAUAGCCAAGGAGACAGAGUACAAGGAGAUACUGCUGCUAACAAAGACUGACAAGGAAAAAAAGGCUAUUUUAAAACAGAAAAGUGGGGAAGCCAAGACUAAAAAGGAAGUGACUUUCAAAGCACUUGGAGGUGAGGCCUCAAAGGAUGUGGCCUGCUGUCAGGGUAACAGUGGUGGGAUUCGAUGCUACGCCAGGGCAAUCAAGACCAAUCCACACAUUGCAGGGAACGCGUCCAGUGGCAGGUCCAAAUUGAAAUCUGCUUCCCGCUACACCAACGGCAGCGUGGUUGACUCUGAGGCGAUCGGUGGCAUUAGCGUAGACAGCGACGAAACUGAGUCUGUGAAGAGCGCAGCCUACCGUGGAAGGGACCAGGCCAGACCGCAAGGUCAUCAUGCAAAUCAGUGUGGGAAGACGCUGCCGUUAUGUGCUGCACGACCUUUCAGCGUCUCACAAAAAAUAUGCAACCUCUGCGGUGGGAAGCAGUCUGCAAGCGCCGAGGCUGCCGCUCUGGGGGAGAAAAGCCCGACCGAUGACGCCUUCAGUAGCGAGGCGUCGUUAAAGUCAGCCCUCGCGUCGCUGCCGGCCGCUACACAUUUCCAGGUGCCCCAUAUUGAAAAACAAACGAGCCAGCAAAUCUGUGAGAGUAUCACGAUGACUGACGAAAGGACACAAUUUACAGUCAGACCCCAAACUUUCUAUCUUCAUGAAGAACUUAGGUAUAGAACAUCUCCUCACCCUGCAUGCCCAGUGCACUCCAAUUCAGCCAAUCUGAACGCUUUGUCACAUACACAUGCUUCCAGUGAUGCAACAUCUCCCCAACCCACCACCCUCCUACGCGCUAAAAGCGUCACUGUCACCAAAGCCACUAUUGAAAGCAGACAGGAUGAUGCUCUUGUAAAAUGUUUCACAAACUUAUCCCAGGACAGUAAGACCUCCCGCCCAGCGAGUCUCACUUUGACUCCUCAGAUGGCCACCGCUACCAAACGAAACAAUCCAUAUUCACAUACUUACCCUAAGGCCACGCAAUACAGCUACACGCAGUAUAAUGUGCCUCAAAAUGUGUGUGUGUCUGUGCACGCUACACUUGAGAAUACGACAACUUCUCAUUUGUACACUGUAGGAAAUGCAUCCAGCAACAACACAGUUUUUAAUUCUGCAGUGAUGUCCUCUGAAAGCAUAGCUGCUGAAGCCAAAUCUCAACCCAUAACCAUGAACACAGUGCAAAUAAACACAGCUAAAAAUACUACUAACAGCCCACAAAUGACCCCUAAAUGCUCCAAUUACCCUAUUCAAAAAUUAGAACCAUCUGCACACCUUAUUGCAUCCGAUCCUCUUAAACCACAAGAAAAGUCGUCAUCUUCAAACCCUGAGAGGACAGUUGAAAUAAGCUCCACUGCUUCCCCUGCUUUUGUUAAUCAACCACACACAGCCACACCACAUUCACAUCUUAGCACUAUCAUCCCACAGAGUACUUUGAAACAUAAAGCUAAUUCAGAUCAAAUUAGAUCGCAGUCCGUAGCUGCACAAAUUCACUUUAUUCAGCCUAACUCCUCGAAUUCUGAACCCACACUUUACGUUUCUACUUCUUCCCUGUACACAUCUAAGGCGUCCAAACCCCCAAACCCUGCAGGUGCAGCUUCCAACUCGAUGCUUACGCGUAACGACACGCCACACAAUAACGUGACCCUCAGGAACUCGUUCAGUUUGAAAAAGUCUGCAUCCACGGCUAGCUCGCUGUUGACGGAAAAUCAAAAUAAUGCUUCCAUCCCAAGUAGGAGCUUGCUUCAAUCAGCAGACACAGCACUGGUACUUAGCUGUAAUGAAGCCCCCGACACAAGCAAAGCUCAUCACGCGCAGGCAACAGACAUCAGAACUCAAACCCGUAAUGAAUCUGGUGUGUGUUGUGUAGUUCCCAAUCAGGAAAACAGCUCUAGAAGGCCUCUGCUCGCAUUAUACAAGCCUCGAAAUGUGUCUAAAAAUCACCACGGAGGGAAUGAUUCAGGAAGCCACGAUCCCAGACCAAUCAUUGCUCACGAUGAGAGAUUGUAUUCCGGUAAAAACAAAUGCAGUGGUAAUGUAAUCGAUGAAUUUGUUGCGCAUGAGUCGAAAGAGCAUGAAAAUUCAAAUCCAUCGCAGGUCACUAAUCUUCAAAAUUACAUUUCUCUAAUCAAGUCAAGCAGCUCUUGUCUGCAGGGUUGUAUAAACACGGAACAACAAAGGCUUGAACACUAUCAAGGAUGUACAGAAACAGAGCGCGACGGACACGGUGCAGCGUGCCCAUCAGUAAAAACAAGCCAGCACACGGCUUCGGCUACAGGACAGUUUUCCUUAGGUAUAUCGGCCAGGCAUUCAAAUGUUAGUCAGCUUCAAUCCAGUGCAGAUAAACAGACACAUCCCAGUGACUCAACGCUCUCUGUCACAGCACAAACAAGCGGUGAACCCGUAAUCUCAAACACGCACGUCAAGCCUUUCACUGAAUCACCCAUCCACCAAAACUCCGCUUUUAAAUCACCAAGACCACCACAAGCACACACAAGUCCAGCACUUUCGCUCACUGCACCAUUCAACAGUGGGGGAGAGCUCUGCGCUCGCACAGGCCCUCAAUGCAAUUCCAUAUGGCCGUCAUCAACAAUGCACUUGGCAUUCCGUCCCCGCCUCCGGUCCAGCAAAGAGGAGGAGGAGGCGGAGGAGGAGGAGGAGGAGGAGGAGGAGGAGAAGGAAGCAGUCGUCAGACCUGAUUCGAAGCCUAGCCGAGCUCCCCCUCAGUCGUGCCCAGAGGACACCAGCCUGGCUCACUCCCACCCAGCUGAUGCAGCCCUGUUGCUGCCGCCUUCCCCACAGUGCAGCAAAUCAGCAGCCCUACAACAGAGGCUGGAGACUGUGGAGGCCAGCCUGGCAGCCAACAAGGACAGGAUCACCACUCUGCUCAACAUUAUCCAUGACCUCGAGACGUGCCACACUCCCACCAGCGGUCGGCGAUGCUCCAAAAGCGGACAGGACCUCAAAAACUGCUCCACCUGCCAGAAGACUGCUUGUAUUGUGUACAGUGUGGAAUAUGACUUCAGGCAGCAGGAAAGACGCUUCCUGGAGGUUCUGAAUCAUUCAGCAAGAGGCAACAAUACUUUCUCCGUGCAUCUUCCCCAUCACCUGAACUUCAGCCUGCUUCGUAAUGUCAUCAUAAAGAACUUAACAAAGACAAAGGUGAAAAGCAAAAAGCUGUGCAAGACCCUCUUCAAGUGGAUUCCGAGGAAAAUUCAUGGAGUGUAGGCCUGGAGAACAAUACUCGCUUGCUUUGUGACCAGCAGGAACCUUUUGCAGAGGAUUUUUCCUUGUUCCCUCCCUCCCCACCCAUAGAAUGACUUUGAAUUAGGCUCUUACCCAGCAGAGUUCCACUCUCCUGCACAUUCUCAAAGCUCAUAAGCAGGACUUUGUGCUUGAAUUUGCCCGCGAUCUUUGUGACCUUCAGCUGGUACCACCCGUGAGGAAUUCUUAAUUUCACUUUUGGGAGUUUAUGCUAUUGUCCUCUCAGUAUGCCUGUUUAAAACGUAUGGCUUACCACAACCACAGAUUUCUAUAUCUACUUUUAUAUAUGAGAUUCUGUUCUCUUUGCACUAUUGAUGAUGAAUGCAGCAGAUUUUACGUUUCCCUGUCAGUCGUCCCCUUGCUUCCUCUAAGAAUAAAUAUCCCUACACUAUUCAUUUUGAUAUAUUGACUGUUGAAUUGCCUGUAAAUGUGUUAUUUAUUUCAGAGUGGUGUUUAUUCUCUUUGCUAACCGAACAUCAAAUAAAGAUUUUUCUUUUCUCA